AUGUCUACAUUCGUUCCAUUCCAAUCGGCUCAAGUCUACGAAGAACGACUCAACGGCAGCUCGACCACCGAGGGACAAGGAUGGAUACGGAUGGACCACGAGGACAACUCGGAAGAAGAUAAAGCUCCAUUCGGGAGUCAGCCGAUAACUCUUUUGUAUCAUCAAAGAAACACAAGACAUACAACGCAGAAAUGCAUUUUGAAAAGAUGCGUUAAAAUUUUAUGGGGUUAUUCAGCUAGCAAAACAGAAAGAUUUUGUGGGACCCCGUGCACUACCUUUCAAAUUUUUCCAAACAUAUUGAGUUCUAACGGAAACGAUUAA